ACAUGGGACCCUGGAAGUCCUCUGGACAUGCUUUGGGAACUCCAGCACCAAGCAGCUGAUCCUUUUUGAGGCUAGGCAGGUCUCAGACUACUGCAGAGGUGCUGAGUUUAUGAAAGGAGACCAUGACAACCGAUGAAGCUACAAAGAGCGAAGGAGAUGCCCAAACAGCAGCUCUUGUUGAACAAGGGGAGGAUAUCACACCCAAUCAAGAUCGAGGUGUUCUCAAGAUUGUGAAGAGAAAGGGAAACGAGGAUGCGUCCCCUAUGAUUGGAGACAAAGUGUAUGUCCACUACAAAGGAAAGCUGGCAAAUGGGAAAAAAUUUGACUCCAGCCGGGAUAGGAACGAGCCAUUUAUCUUCAGUCUGGGGAAAGGCCAGGUAAUCAAGGCAUGGGAUGUCGGUGUUGCCACCAUGAAGAAAGGAGAGAUCUGCCACUUACUGUGUAAACCAGAGUAUGCAUAUGGCUCAGCUGGUAGCACCCCGAAAAUCCCCUCCAAUGCAACUCUCUUUUUUGAGAUUGAGCUACUCGAUUUCAAAGGGGAAGACUUAUUUGAGGAUGGAGGGAUCAUUCGGAGAAUCAAAAAGAAAGGGGAAGGAUACUCUAAUCCAAAUGAAGGAGCCACAGUAGAAAUCCAUCUGGAAGGAUUUUACGGUGACAGAAAGUUUGACUCCAGAGAUGUAAAGUUUGUUGUCGGAGAAGGGGAAGACCAUGACAUUCCAAUCGGGAUUGAUAAAGCUCUGGAGAAAAUGCAGCGGGGAGAGCACUGUAUCUUGUACCUUGGACCACGGUAUGGUUUUGGUGAGGCAGGGAAGCCUAAGUUUGGCAUCGAGGCAAAUGCUGAGCUUGCGUAUGAAGUUACACUUAAAAGGUUCGAAAAGGCCAAAGAGUCCUGGGAGAUGGACACCAAAGAGAAACUCGAGCAAGCUGCCAUUGUCAAAGAGAAAGGGACAGUGUACUUCAAGGACGGCAAGUACAUGCAGGCGGUGAUUCAGUAUGGGAAGAUCGUGUCCUGGUUAGAAAUGGAGUAUGGCUUAUCAGAAAGGGAGUCUAAAGCUUCUGAAUCCUUCUUGCUGGCAGCCUUCCUCAACCUGGCCAUGUGCUAUCUGAAGCUGCGGGAGUAUACCAAAGCUGUUGAGUGCUGUGAUAAGGCAUUAGGACUGGAUCAGGACAACGAGAAGGGUUUGUACAGGAGAGGUGAAGCCAGACUACUAAUGAACGAAUUUGAACUGGCAAAAUGCGACUUUCAAAGAGUACUGGAAGUGAACCCGCAAAACAAGGCUGCCAAGUCACAGAUCACGGUCUGUCAAAAGAAGACAAAGGAACACAAUGAGCGUGACCGAAGAAUAUAUGCCAACAUGUUCAAGAAGUUUGCAGAGAGAGAUGCAAAGGAGGAAGCUAGCAGAAAUCCAGCAGAGAAAGACGUGGAGAAAGCAACUUCUGAAAAGAGGCUAAAAACUCCAGUGACUGAAGGCAAAGAGGCUGAAGGGCAUGUAUGAUGGGAAAAGAAGGUGGGAAGGAGACCCUCCUGAACUCAGCCUGCACCGAAACAGGUUUCUGCAGAACUCAGGACUCGCCAAUGUUUUAUUGUAAAGCUUGUUACAGUUUGUGUGAUCGUGGAAGCAAAAUGCCUCGCAAAGUCCAACAAAACCAGCCCUGCUGCUGUGAGCAUGCUCAGCAGUGGAGCACAAGAAGAGGGACAGUGUGGGACCACUCUGAGUGGAACAAAUAGCUUUUAAAAAGGAAAAAAAAAAAUCAGACUCUUGGCUCUAGGAAAGUUUCCUGAGACGGCUCGAUCCAGCUCAUUUCAGUUCAAAUCAACUUGCCACGCGAUGUCCAGGGUCCUCUUAAAUGAGUUAGAAUGUAGGAGCUGUCGGUUGUACAAUUCAGUAUUGCAUUUGGUUGUACUGUAGUAGGACUACGCAGGCCUAGUUUAAAAAAAAAAUUGACUAAAGUGCUACCGGCUCAAGGUAUAGCACUGUAUCUACUAGAACAAAGUGCAAAGCAGUGUGCCAUGGUUUCAGUGAACAGCAGUGUUAUGGACUCUAAAGCCAGAAGCAGAGAGGUGAUUUCUCACAUAACUUCUUCCUUCUCUUUCACUCCAGUGCAAACUUUAAAUGGUUUUCUGUAGCACAGCCUAGCUUCUCUGGGAGCUGAACAGUCUAGAUCGUGUAAUAAGUGAAUGCUUACUGGUAAUGUUCUGCAAGACUGGGCUUUUUUUGGGUUGGUUUUACCUCUUGAAGGCUUCUUGGAUCUGCUUCCAGAGGUGUUUAUAAUGUUAAGAUGGUCGUUGGAAUUAAAAAGUACUGCAUUUCAUUGCGACUUUCCCAUUUCCUUUUAGGAAAUUGUUAAAAUGUUGGGGUUUUUUUAAUACUGCUGCUGCCGUUACGUUUUGCAUCACUUCUGUUAUAACUCCUCUCUCUCUCUCUCUCUCUCUCUCUCUCUCUCUCUUAGGAAAUUAUAAUUUGGCUUUAAAAGGGUGUUUCAUUUCGGGGAGGCUCUUUCCAUUUUAAAAAGUUGUACCGCGUUUUUGUUUUUGUUCAGUGCAAAAGACUGUUGUCAGAAGCUGCUCUUUCCAGGCACUUAUCAUUUCAGCCCACAGCCCACAACCUGUUUAAUUUAAAAAAUGGAGUUUAACAGCUUAUUAGGGGUCUAUGCAAAAAAAAAAAAAAAGAGAAGAAAAGAAA